AUGGCGAUCGGCUCGGAUCCUCUCAAGCUCUUCAAGGAAGUGUAUUCCACUUGUCUUUUGAUUUUCUCCUCUGCCAUUGUGUGCGCCCUCAUCUUUACAGGAGAAACGAAGGUUGCCAGUGAAGCUCAUCCCGCCGUGGCGUUCAUUGUGCUAUGGUUGGCCAUCAUUUGGCUUUCCAUGGUGGAAGGUGGACAAGCUUCUUGUGUUGGAUUGCCACCAAUUGAUAUGGACUUGUACAAGGACUCACACCCCAAAUCUCAUCAGAUCAUGACCAUUGUCAACCGGGGAGACAACUUGGAUCGAUACUUGAUGGGACGUCAGUUCAUGGUCUUGGCUCUGGUCUUUGUGGAAAACUUGUGUGGACAUCCCCUCAACGAAAAACAACAGCUCUGGGGUAUGCCGGAUUGGGUCAUCACCAUCUUUUUGGGAUCCGGAUUGGCCAUGUUCUUCAUGACGGCCAUGAUUGGAAAAAUCUCUGCCCAAGUCAACGCUUCUCGAUGCAUGUUGGACUACAUCAAUAACUGGUUUGGCCUCUUCACGCUCCAAGUGGCUCGCAUCAUUGAAGCCUCGGGACUCUUGCACUGCUGCUACUUGGUCCAAAUCUUCUUUGCCUGGGCAUCUGGCCAGCCUCUCCAGUCCACCGAAGCACCCCGCAGUCCGGUCCAGAGCUUGUUCUUCUGGGGUCGCGUUGUUGUUUCUUUUGCAAUCUUGGUCUUUGCCUUUGUUGUGACGCUUGUCGCGCUUUUCAAUGGCCAAACCACCAUGUGGGAGGGAGUGCCUGGUGGAGUUUCGGUUAUUUUGUUCUUUGUCUUUAUGGCCAUUGUGGGUAUGCUCGAGGGUAUGCAGAUUGCCUUUUUCGCCGUCGCAAAGAUGCACAAAGAAGAACUUGCCUCUAAUGCAUGGGCCAACAGAACUUGCGACGUCUUGUUUGCCAAUGACGGACGUAACUUGCCAGGAUUCAUGGUUGGACGCCAAAUGUGUGUGACUCUUUGCUUCUUCAUUGUGGCCCGUGUCACUACCAUUAAGCUCGAAGAAGGCGAUGAAAACAUUUUGGGAGUGUCGGAUGGACUUCAAUCAUUCUUCGAAACUGGAUUGCUCGGAGCCCUCAUUACAACCAUUGUCGCCUCCAUCACCUGGCAAUUGGUGGCCUCUGCUUUCCCAAUGGCAUUCUUGUCCACUCCCCUUACCUACGUCCUCCUUCGCUUCUGCCUAUUUUUGGAAUGGACUGGUAUCUGCCAAGGUGCUUGGGUUGUUGCUUUGGUCCACCGAAAGAUUGCUCGUUUCAAGCGCGACGAAGUCUAUGUUGGAACCGCCGACGAACGUGCUGCCAAGAAGAGGGCCAUUGCUGAAGCUAAUGGCGAGGAGGUUGAAGACGACUACAAUGUCGUGCCAGGACACAUGUACCCAGGAGUUCCUACUCUUCCACCUAACUUUGGACACCGCACCCAAACUUUGGAAGAUCUCACCCAAUUGGAACAGGAGCUUACUGAGCACAGGCAAGAUGUGGACCACCGUUUGGAGGAGAUUCGAGCCAAGAAGGCAAAGCUUGCCGCAGUUGUUGACGUUGACGCCGUCAAGAUGGUCAACAACGCGGAUAAGGACAAGACAGACUUGGAUAAUGAUGACAACUCUGGCGAUUGUGAGGCGUAA